CUAAGCAACCGUUCGAAUACGUAGAACAACAUAGAGCUUUGAAUCUGAAAAUAAUCCUAAAAAAUAUCCAACUUUCUAACGUCUACGUCUUUUGGUUAUGAAUUUAUCGCCAGAAUAUUUUGUUAUAUGAGUGUCGUUUGUUUGGAACAGGACGGAGCUGGCUUCGUUCCCUUUUUUGAAUUUCGAGUUUUUUUUCCUCUGCCCUUUGAACGUUCCAUGGUGCCUUGCGUCAGUUUGUAACGAAUUUGGUUCGACAAGACAGUUUAGGCGCCAUUUACAAGUUAGAGUUUUCAAGAAAGAGAGCGAGUCGGAAUGACGCGGUGCUGAAUUUUGUGGAUUAUAUUUGCAAAGAUUUGGAUCGACGAAUACUUUUUUGAAAAUUGUGCUUUGUGUCACAAAAGAAGACUCUUGACAGACGGUGUGCGUAUUGUGGAAGAUUUCAAAUCAUGCCAUCUAAAACUGCAAAGAGCUCAACUGCCUCUGCCAAGCCAAGAGGGAAAGGGUCGCAGCCUCGGGAUGACUCCGAAGACGAGCUGGAUGUACCCCCUCAAGAAACCAAGUCCACUGGCCAAGAGGAGGCACCGCCGACAACUGAUCCGUCUCACGGGGAGGCUGCCGAGGCGGUUGAUAAUCGAAGUUUGGAGGAGAUUCUCGGUAGCAUCCCUCCACCCCCGCCCCCAGCAAUGACCAAUGAACCGGGCGCUCCUCGCCUCAUGAUAACACAUUUAGUUAAUCGCAACUUUAAAUCUUAUGCGGGCGAGCAGAUUCUGGGGCCUUUCCACAAGCGCUUCUCCUGCAUCAUUGGUCCAAAUGGGAGUGGGAAGUCCAAUGUGAUAGAUUCCAUGCUCUUUGUGUUUGGAUACAGAGCUCAAAAGAUCAGAUCGAAAAAGCUCUCAGUGCUGAUUCACAGCUCUGAUAAACACAAAGAUGUCCAAAGCUGUACUGUGGAGGUGCAUUUUCAAAAGAUUAUUGAUAAGGAAGGAGAUGACUACGAAGUCAUCCCCAACAGCAAAUUCUAUGUUUCCAGGACUGCCAACAAAGACAAUUCCUCUGCCUACCAUAUCAAUGGCAAGAAAGCCACAUUCAAAGAUGUGGGAGCUUUACUCCGAAGCCAUGGUAUUGACUUAGACCACAACAGAUUUCUGAUCUUACAGGGUGAGGUGGAGCAAAUUGCCAUGAUGAAGCCUAAAGGUCAGACAGAGCAUGAUGAGGGUAUGCUGGAAUACCUGGAGGAUAUUAUUGGCUCCUGUCGUCUCAAGGAGCCCAUCCAAACCCUGGCCCGCCGCAUUGAACUGCUCAACGAACAGAGGGGAGAGAAGCUGAACCGAGUAAAGCUAGUGGAAAAGGAGAAGAAUGCUUUGGAGGGGGAAAAGAAUAAAGCUGUGGAGUUCCUCACUCUGGAGAAUGACAUCUUCAAACUCAAGAGUCAGCUUUGCCAGUAUUAUGUCAAUGACCUGCAAAAGCGAUUGGUGGAUAAAGAGCAGGAAAAGCAAAAGAUCUUGGAGGACACGAAGGAAUUACCUGAGAAAAAUGCAAAGAUAUCUGCAGAGAUGGAGAAAAUGAAUCAAGAGCUCAAAAUGUGGAAAAGUAAGGCUGUUCAUAUCAACAAGUACAUAGAGACCCAGAAGGAGAAGUUCACCCAGCUGGACCUGCAGGACGUGGAAGUGCGUGAAAAGAUUAAACACUCCAAGAGCAAGAACAAGAAGCUGCAGAAGCAGCUGGAGAAAGAAAAAGAAAAGCUGGAGGAAGUGCGCGGUGUACCAGCCAGCAGUGAAAAGGCCAUUUCUGAGGCAACAGCUCGCAAAGAAGGGCUGGAGAAGCAAAAGGUGAAAGAGGAGGAAAAGCUCAAAGAGGUGAUGGAGAGUCUUAAGGAAGAAACAAGUGGCUUGCAACAGGACAAAGAGACCAAAGAGAAAGAGCUGAUGGAGCUCAGUAAGGCAGUCAAUGAGACCCGUUCUCGCAUGGACCUGGCUCAGUCAGAGCUUGACAUCUACCUCAGCCGCCACAACACAGCUCUGACGCAGCUAAACACAGCCAAGCAAACACUUCAGACAACCUCUGAUACACUGCGGGAACGCCGCGCCACCAUCAAAGAACUCAACGUCAAAGUACCCGAGAAAGAACAACAACUCAAGAAGGACGAAGGAGAGCUGGAGCAGUUGAUGAAACUGGAUAAUGAGACAAGGGAAGUGGUGAGGGAAAUGCGGCAGAAGGUCGAUGAAGCCAAGAGCUCCCUGUCUUCCAACCGCAGUCAAGGAAAAGUUCUGGAUGCCCUCAUGCAACAGAAGAGGAGUGGCAAGAUCGCUGGCAUCCUGGGAAGACUGGGAGACCUCGGAGCCAUAGAUGAAAAGUACGAUGUGGCAAUUUCAUCCAGUUGCGGUGCUCUGGACAACAUUGUGGUGGAUACUAUUGAUACAGCUCAGAAGUGUGUUACAUUUCUCAAAGAACAGAACAUCGGGGUUGCCACUUUCAUUGGUCUUGACAAGAUGAAAGUGUGGGAGAAGAACAUGGCUCCCAUUAAGACUCCAGAGGACAGCCCUCGCCUCUUUGACAUGGUGCGAGUGAAGGAUGACAGUGUGCGUCCAGCUUUCUACUUUGCCCUGAGAGACACCCUCAUUGCCCACGACAUGGAGCAGGCAACGCGGCUGGCCUUCCAAAAAGACAAGCGCUGGAGGGUGGUCACUCUGAAGGGACAGAUCAUUGAGAUGGCUGGAACCAUGACUGGAGGAGGAAGAGUAUUAAAGGGCAGGAUGGGAUCGUCUAUUGGAACCGAGGUCUCCCAGGAGGAGCUCGAUCGCAUGGAGAGAAAGCUUAAUGAGAAAGUGUCAAAGCUGCAGGGCUGCCAAGAGAGAAAGCUGCAGCUUGAGGAGAACAUCCAGCGCCUUCAGCCAGAACUCCGAGACAUGAAGAACACCCUGGAGAAAUAUGCCAAGAGCAUGACUAAUCUAGCUGACCAGGAGACUCACUUAAAACUUCAGAUCAAGGAACUUGAGGCCAAUGUGCUGGCUGCUGCCCCAGACAAGGCCAAACAGAAACAGAUGGAGAAGAGCCUGGAGGCUUUCAAAAAAGACUACGAGGCAGCCUCCAGUAAGGCCGGAAAGGUCGAGAAUGAGGUGAAAAGACUGCACAACCUGAUCGUGGACAUUAAUAGCCACAAGCUAAAGGCUCAGCAAGACAAGCUGGACAAGGUCAACAAGGAGCUGGAUGAAUGCUCCUCCACUAUAACCAAGGCUAAAGUUGCCAUAAAGACUGCCGACCGCAACCUCAAGAAGUGUGAGGAGAGCGUAAACCGAGUGCAGAGUGAGCUGGAGGAGAAUGAAAAGUCAAUGGUAGAGCUUGCAGAGCAGCUGAAGAAACUGGAGGAUGAGGCUGGAGAAGUCUUGAAGGAUUGCAAGGAGGCAGAGGCUGCCCUUCCGGAGGUCCAGGAGCAGUACCAGGGGGUCCUGAAAGAGAUAAAGAUCCUGCAGCAGCAGGAGCAUGCGCUGCAGGAGGAGUCUCUAAGUGUACGACUCCGCAUUGAGCAGAUCGAGACCUCCAUGAAUGAGCACAACAACAAGAUCAAACACUGGCAGAAAGAGGCCUCUAAGCUGUCCCUUCAUGCUAUUGAAGACAAGCCAGCAGAGGAACUUCCUGUUCUUACUGCGGAGGAACUUGAAGGAAUCUCCCAUCCUGACGUCAUUAUAAAUAAAAUGGCCACGUUGGAGACCCAGUGUGCACAGAUGAAGCCCAACCUCGGGGCCAUCGCUGAGUACAAGAAGAAAGAGGAGUUGUACCUGCAGCGUGUGGCCCAACUCGAUGAAAUCACCACAGAAAGGGACAACUUUAAACACGCAUACGAAGACAUACGCAAGCAACGCCUCAACGAGUUCAUGUCCGGAUUCAACAUGAUCACCAAUAAGCUGAAGGAAAACUACCAGAUGCUCACACUAGGGGGCGACGCAGAGCUGGAACUCGUUGACAGCCUGGACCCAUUUUCUGAGGGGAUUAUGUUCAGUGUGCGUCCGCCAAAGAAGAGCUGGAAAAAGAUCUUUAACCUCUCAGGAGGAGAGAAGACCCUCAGCUCCUUGGCUCUGGUGUUUGCUCUGCACCACUACAAGCCCACCCCGCUGUACUUCAUGGAUGAGAUCGAUGCUGCUCUCGAUUUCAAGAAUGUCUCCAUUGUGGCCUGUUACAUUUACGAGCAAACCAAGAAUGCCCAGUUUAUCAUCAUCUCCCUGAGGAACAACAUGUUUGAGAUUGCUGAUCGUCUCAUUGGCAUCUACAAAACACACAACACCACCAAGAAUGUGGGAAUCAACCCCAAGACCAUCAUCUUCAAAGAACACGACGCAGUCACUGCCUAAACCUGAAAUAUCGGCCCACACAGUCUGUUGCUUUUCCAACUUAUUUUCCCAUGUUUGUCCUUGUUUUCUACCAAUAAAUGCUGCUAUUUUUCAUUACUGUUUGACUCAAUAAAGGUCUUUUAAAUCUGGGG